UCAGUCAACUUCCAGUGGACGAAGUAACCCCUGCCCUGUCUUCAGUUGGCCGGAGGGAUUUCCCAGAAUGUCCUAUAGGUCUACCUCACUACCCAGACCUGUUAAUAUCACUGAAUCUGAUGGAGGGAUGCAGCAUGACACAAGUUCUUUCCACGACCACAAGGAUGACCUCCGAAAGCGCCUGUCGUACACCACCCACAAACUAGAGAUGGUGGAGACGGAGUUCGAUUCCACUCGGCAGUACCUCGAGACAGAGCUGCGCCGGGCCCAGGAGGAACUGGAGAAAUUUACAGAGAAACUACGCAGGAUCCAGAGUAGCUAUGCAGCUCUUCAGAGGAUCAACCAGGAUUUGGAGGACAAGAUGCACAGGACGUCCCACCACCAUGAAGAGGAAAAGAGAGCCCUCAGCCGAGAAAUCAUUGUCCUCAACAACCACCUCAUGGAAGCGAAAAUCACCAUCAAUAAACUCAGAGAGGACAACGACCUGUACAGGAAAGACUGCAACCUGGCAGCUCAGCUGCUGCAGUGCUCCAAGUCUCCCUACAGAGCACACAAGAUGUCUGAGGUCAAGGGUGAGCGGGAGUAA